CUGUGCUUCCUGCUCCUGUUCCAACCAUUCCAUGUCCCCCACGCUGCGGUGAUUUCCAGGAGUUACAAAGCUUGGGUUGCACUGCUGUGAUAUGACAGCCAACCCUUCAGCCUGCUUUGCCACAGCCACACAAUUUCCAGACACCCAUGCUUGGUCUGUAUGCUGGAUUAGAGAUACUUUAGAAAUGGGAAUAUACUGGUCAAUGCAGUGUCAUUGCUUACAAGCUGACUGGAAAACAGCCAUUAUUUUUAUAUAGGAUUGAUUUAAGCAGCCAGCCACCAAGAGAAAUGCUUUUUGGCUAGUGCCUUGGUUUCCUUAAAAUGCAGAAUAAGGAAUGCCUUAAAAUAUACUGCUUUAUUACUGUAAGCCAUAUAUAUUUGGUUUUCCUUGUAAAAAGUGCCCAUCCCAGCUGAAUAAAAGAAAUAAAAAAACCCCAAAAAGACAUAGGGUUUGUUUGAAGAGUUGGUACUUGGCAGAGAAUGUGCCUGGGUGUGAGUGAGGGCAGGAGCCACAGGUGCACUCCUGGUGAGGGCGGCUGCCAGUCUCAGGCAAGCAAAGGCUUCCCACUGUGAACCGAAACCAGUACAAACCGGGAAGCAAAAAGAAAUAUUCAUUCAAGCUGUCCACGUCAGACUGCUGAGGAAGCAGGCAGGUCAGUUUGGUUAAUCAUUGCCAAGACAGACAUUCACCACUGAUCAUAUGACCAGACUGCAUCUGAGAUAAGCAAACACCCAUCCUGAGCAAAAGGAAUUGAAAAGCCUCCCUUAUUUACAUGUUCUGGCUUCAUUGUUUUGCUGUAACAGAAGAGGCUCACACUUUGCCGUUGUUCUCAGAGCUCAGCCCAGCACAGCUGUUGUGUUGCUUUCCUUUUUCUGAAGAGGAAGUGAAAAAUUCCCUCCAUACGUGUGCUGGCACUUGAAUGCUUAGGUUUCACUCCAUAAUUGGGAGGCGUCUGUAAUGAGCUCUCCGUGGGACCCAGAGAGGAGCUUCCAGCUGUGCCAAGAGUUGUUUCAUUUUACGCCAAAGGAGAAGGGGGAGAAGAAGUCCGCAAAAAGCUAAGAUGUGGAUGGUGCAAAAAUUGGUCUAAGGGUCUUGCAACCGGGAAAAGCAAAAGAAAAGCAGAAGCAGAGGAAGCAAAAAGUAUCAAGAUGGGAAACUUCUUCCGGAAGCACUGUCCCUGUUUGGAGCCUUACCUUCCCUGCUUAUUCCUUGGGAGAAAUGAUGAGCAGGAAGACAAAGGAGGCCAGGUCUUCGCUAACCUUGCUGUGAUAAAACCUGACCUCCAAGCAGGACAGAAGGACUUGGAGAGUAAGAUAAAAGAGAAACCUUUACCUCCACUGCCUGGCCAGGAGCUAGCAAACAUUUGCAAUUUUGUGGCACUGUUCGAUUAUGAUGCUCGCACUGAGGAUGACUUGAGCUUCCGAGCUGGGGAGAAGCUGGAAGUGCUGAAUGCAUCCCAUGAGGGAUGGUGGUACGCCAAGCUCCUCCUGCCAGAGGGGUCAGUCUGUCCUGGCCGCAAGCUCACGGGCUACAUCCCUGCCAACUAUAUAGCUGCUGACCAGAGCAUCGAAGCUGAGCCAUGGUUCUUUGGCCCAAUCAAACGAGCAGAUGCCGAGAAACAACUGUUAUACCCUGAAAACAAGGAAGGAGCCUUCCUAAUCCGAGAAAGCGAAAGUCUAAAAGGCGAAUACUCACUCUCAGUUUUUGAUGGUACAUCUGUGAAGCAUUACAGGAUCAAAAGGAUGGAUGGAAGCUUUUUCCUAACAAGAAGGAAAACUUUUAAAACUUUGAACAAGUUAGUUGACUAUUACAGCAAAACCAGUGAUGGCCUCUGCGUGUUGCUCGGACAGCCAUGCCUGAAGAUACAAACUCCUGCUACUUUUGAUUUGUCUUACAAAACUGUUGAUCAGUGGGAAAUAGACCGACGAUCUCUGAAAUUCGUGAAAAAAUUAGGAUCUGGUCAGUUUGGUGAAGUAUGGGAAGGACUGUGGAAUAAUACCACCCCUGUGGCAAUCAAAACGUUAAAACCAGGUUCAAUGGAUCCAAAAGACUUUCUGAGGGAAGCACAAAUAAUGAAGAACUUGAGACAUCCAAAGCUUAUACAGCUUUAUGCUGUCUGCACUUUGGAGGACCCAAUUUAUAUUAUUACUGAGCUGAUGAGAUAUGGAAGUCUUCUAGAAUACCUUAAAAAAGAUGGAGGCUCUCAAAUCUCCUUGACACAUCAAAUAGACAUGGCUGCUCAGGUGGCUUCUGGGAUGGCAUACCUUGAAUCUCAGAAUUAUAUCCAUCGGGAUCUGGCAGCCAGGAAUGUUCUUGUUGGUGAACACAAUGUUUACAAAGUGGCAGACUUUGGACUUGCAAGAGUUUUUAGGGUAGAAAAUGAAAAGAUAUAUGAAGCUAGGACAGAAACAAAACUCCCAGUGAAAUGGACAGCCCCGGAGGCAAUCCGCUACAACAGAUUCAGCAUUAAAUCAGAUGUCUGGUCCUUUGGGAUACUUCUGUUUGAAAUAAUCACCUAUGGGCAGAUGCCUUAUCAUGGUAUGCCAGGACACCAGGUGAUCCAGCUGCUGGACAAUGGGUACAGACUUCCUCAGCCAGAGACGUGCCCAGCGCCUCUCUACAGGAUGAUGGAGCAGUGCUGGAGCACAGAGCCCGAUGAGAGGCCCACCUUUGAGUCUCUCAGUGACCAGCUGGAGAACUAUUUUGACAAUGAGCUCUAUUCCUUUGCCUAGGCCCAGGCCAUGGGACAUGAACCCUCAGGAUGCUCCUGAAGGACAUGUCCUAGCCAACAUGGCUAACAGAGGCUGUGGAGUCAGCCUAACCCCAGGUGUGGGGUUAUUUGGGGGUGCUGAAGAAUCCUGGUACACUUCAUCCCCUCCCUGAUCUUCAAAGACUCCUAAACUUUUUGCUGCUGGCAAGUGUUUUGCAAGACAAAGCAUCAGGAAGCUGGAGGGUGGGUGUUUCUAGAAAAUAGUCUUCUAUUUAUUUUAAAAUGACAUGUUGCAAGAACAAACAAUUGAAACUAGUCUAGCUAAGUAACUAUUUAAGCUUUUUGUAAUUUCUUUAUUGGAAUAAUUAUUUACUGUUAGACUUUUCAUUCCUAUCAGUUUGUUCUCAGGAAGGAAUGUGAUGGCUUUACACAGCAGGAUCUGUGCUCCCAGAGUCAAUUAAUUGUAAAAAAUAAUAAAAGUAAUCCUGUGACUGAUGGCUCUGAUUUGUCAGAAUCCAAAUUAAUUGCCUUGCUUAAAAUUGAAAUACAUGUGCUUUUGCUAUAUGUGAAAAUAAUGGGAGAUAUUCAUGGGAGAAAAAGAAUUGUUUCGUAGAUGCACAGUCUGAUCUUUUUUAUAUUUUGUCUACUGUACUCAUUUUACAAGAAUAAACACAAUUAUUAUUUUGAAUUAUUAUUAGAAGCUGUUUGUUCUUGAGAUUAUUAAAUAUCAAUGAGUUAUUGUUGAACUGCGAGGGCUUAUUUUAUGGUUCU